GAAAAAAGGGCAGUAGGAAACCAUGUCCUUCUUGAAUUGCUCUUGGAAUCUGCACAGGCCUGUGUAGUCAUGGCUGGCUUGUGUCACAGGAACUCCUUUCCUGAGGCCCUUGUGGUUGGGUGAGUUGUCUCUCUGGGUUAUUUGUCGGGCUUGAUGUCACUUUUCAUGUCUGCAGACAUCCUUGCUAUUGGAGACAACGUAAUUGAGCAUGUUUGUGUUCUUCCAUAUUCUGAAUUAAGACCCUGGGAUGGGUCAGAUGGGGGUGUUUCUGAGGCAGAGCCUCUUAAUCCUGAGUGUUUUUUUGUUGAAUUGCAGGAAGCUCUUCGUAGGUGGUCUUGAUUGGAGUACAACCCAAGAGACUCUGCGCAGCUACUUUUCUCAAUAUGGAGAAGUUGUAGACUGUGUUAUCAUGAAAGAUAAAACAACCAACCAGUCUCGAGGUUUUGGGUUUGUCAAAUUUAAAGACCCAAACUGUGUGGGGACAGUGCUGGCCAGCAGACCACACACACUGGACGGCCGAAACAUUGAUCCAAAGCCAUGCACUCCCCGAGGAAUGCAACCAGAGAGAACACGGCCGAAGGAAGGAUGGCAGAAAGGACCCAGGAGCGACAACAGUAAAUCGAAUAAGAUAUUUGUUGGUGGAAUUCCUCACAAUUGUGGUGAGACAGAGCUCAGGGAAUACUUCAAGAAAUUUGGAGUGGUCACCGAAGUGGUCAUGAUCUACGACGCGGAGAAGCAGAGGCCUCGAGGUUUUGGAUUUAUUACUUUCGAGGACGAACAAUCAGUGGACCAGGCUGUCAACAUGCAUUUUCACGACAUCAUGGGCAAAAAAGUGGAAGUUAAACGGGCUGAACCUCGGGACAGCAAGAGCCAAGCUCCAGGACAGCCAGGUGCCAGCCAGUGGGGAAGCCGGGUCGUGCCCAAUGCUGCUAAUGGCUGGGCAGGCCAGCCCCCACCAACGUGGCAGCAAGGCUAUGGCCCCCAAGGAAUGUGGGUGCCAGCGGGACAGGCGAUUGGUGGCUAUGGACCGCCCCCUGCAGGAAGAGGAGCCCCACCACCACCUCCGCCAUUCACAUCCUACAUUGUGUCUACCCCCCCUGGAGGGUUUCCCCCUCCUCAAGGCUUCCCACAGGGCUAUGGUGCCCCACCACAGUUCAGUUUUGGCUAUGGACCUCCUCCUCCACCUCCAGAUCAGUUUGCCCCUCCGGGGGUUCCUCCUCCACCAGCUACUCCAGGAGCAGCACCUCUGGCCUUCCCUCCACCUCCGUCUCAGGCUGCCCCAGACAUGAGCAAACCCCCGACGGCUCAGCCAGACUUUCCCUAUAGUCAGUAUGCAGGUUAUGGGCAGGACUUGAGUGGCUUUGGACAGGGCUUCUCGGACCCCAGCCAGCAGCCCCCCUCCUAUGGGGGCCCCUCAGUGCCAGGGUCUGGGGGCCCCCCUGCUGGCAGCAGUGGCUUUGGACGAGGUCAAAACCAUAAUGUGCAAGGAUUCCACCCCUACCGACGCUAGCCUUCAGCAUGUGGACAUCUGCAUGGCUGAGACCCAGGAUUUGAAACUUGUGAACUCGUGACAAUCACAAACUUGGCGGAAAAGUAGCGACUCAACCUUGGGGGGGGGGGGGUGCAAGGCUUUUGCAGGUGGCUGUGGGUGUCUGGACUGAGGUUUUUAAAUAUAUUUCUUUCUCUAACCCAUCAGCACAAUAAAAAAAAGUCACUGGUUCAACAACAGGGUUAAAAAAAAAAGUCUUCAGCUUUAAUUCAAAACUUCAGGUUUCUUUUUCUUCCUUUUUUUGAAAUUAUUUUCCUGAGCCUUUUGUUUUACCGUAUAUUGUAAACUUUUAUGUUAAAGAAAAAAUAUACAUUUACAAAUUGUGAGAUUUUUAAGAGAAAUUUUCUACGAUGUAUACUGGCUUAUUUUUUAAUUUAAAACAGGGUUUCCGUCGGCACUGCUGGACGUGGGGCACAUUUUUAUUCCCCUCACUCCUGGCUUAGGGGGGUUGGGACUCGUUGGUCCAGAAACUCUGGGAUCUUAAAGAAGAAAUCUACUGAGUGUGUUUUUGUUUUUUGUUUAAUUCCUUGCUUUUGUCGACUGACCUGCCUGUAGUGUUCGCAGGUGCACUGUGGGGGUCGCACACAGCCCGCCAGAACACCCUUGGACUGCAGCAGCAGCCUUAUUGGAAGCGACCUCCCUCAGGCACAUGGCUUCAGGGCGAUUCCCAUUGACCAGUUUGACCCUGGUUUGAAUAAAGAGAAGUGCGUUUGGAUUAGAAA